CGCGACGCUGGCCACAUGCUCACCUUGUGCUGGCUGGCCUCGACAGCACUGCGACCACGGGUCGCCGUCACGACGCGAUGGCCGGGCGUGCCGGACCCGCUGGUGGAGCGGCUGCACACCGCGGGCUACACGCGGCCGAUGCCCAUCCAGCGCGCGGCGUUUCCCGUAAUCGCUAACGGGACAAACACGGUGCUCCACGCAGAGACUGGCUCGGGCAAGACGCUCGCCUAUCUGGUCCCUUUGCUUUCGCGAAGCGCGCCCGCCGACGGCAUCAGCGCAGUCAUCGUGAGCCCGUCGCAGGAGCUGGCGAUACAGAUUGCAGCCGAGGCAAGGCUGCUACUGCCCGAGCCGAGCGACGUGCUGCUCGCAAUACAGCCUGUCGAUCUUCGGCCAUCGUGCCUCAGUGGCGCGCGCGUGCUUGUCGGAACGCCGCGUGCGUUAUUGCAGGUCUUUCGCGGCGCCCGUGGCGCCGUCCUCGGCCCGGACGCCGUUGUCUUGGAUGAGGUGGACCUGCUGCUGCCGCCCGGCACCGUUCAGCCAUCUCCGCCCACGAUGCAAUCCAGCGCUCGCGCACCCGGGCGGGCGCAUCGGAUGGCGGCACGUGGGAAGGCCCGGGCCCGGCCGACCCGGGGCAGGGGAGGGCCGGCGGCGAAUCCAACGGCGCUUGCCAUUGAGCGUCGGCUAAGAGCAAAGCGGCCGGCGCAGCUAGUGCUGGAGUGGCUGCGGCGCAGCCGCCCUCGCGGCGCGCCGAAGCUGCAGCUGGUGUCGUGCUCAGCGACGGUCUGCGCCGAGACGCGCCGCGGCGUCGGUUGGCUUGUCGGAGGCGGCGGCAAGCGAGACGCGGGCGUGGUCGUGACGGCGGCGCCGGCGCACCCGCCGCCGCGCAACCUCGCGCAGCGAGGCGUGGGAAACGUGCGCUUGCCGUCCACUCUCUCGCACAGCGUCUACUCUGGGCGCGCGGCGGCCCGACUGGUCAUGCUGCGCGUGGCCACCGAGGAGCUGAUGCCCGAGGCUCCGCUCCUCGUGAUCCCGAAUGGCGGCUCGGUGCCUCGGUGCGUGGACGAGUUGCGCAAGGCCGGCUUCUUGUCCGCGGUUGCCCUCAACCAAGCACUCGGUGUCCUGCCGGCGGAUGAGGGCGACGCGGCACAAGGCGAGGCGUCGCCCGAGGGCAUGAUGCAACAGCGGCAGCUCCUCGCGGACUCGUACCGCAGCGAGGCGAGCCGCAGGCAGGCAGAGCUGCCACUCCUCGUCACUAGCGAGCACGCGGUGCGCGGAGUCGACUUUAAAGGCCUCGAUUGCGUCUUUUUGCUCGGGCUGCCGCAGCGGGUUGACUCAUACGUGCAUGCCGCUGGUCGCACCGCCCGCGAGGGGCGCCGCGGCCGCGCCGUCUCGCUCAUCUUCUCCGAGGAGGAGGCGCAGCGGAUGGACGACUUUCGUCGCGAGCUCGGCAUCAAGGUGGAGAAGAUCGACCUCUCUUUCUUGCGCCCUUGAGAGAGUGAGGGUGCGUGCGAGGCAGAGACUCGAAAACUACGGUAGAAUCGGCGUGCGUGUCUCUCGCUCGCACGCUCGCGCUGGGUCGUGUGUCGAGUGUAUCUGCCGCGGCGUGUACACACCUCUCGGGUACUACACGGAAAAUGUAAUCCACACGCGUAGUAAAGAAA